AUGUGUAUAUAUAAAUCUUUAUUAUUUCUAAUAUUCAUCAAAUUUGUUAAGUGUGCAGAUAGAUAUCCCUAUCACCCAAAUGAUACUAGUGAUGUUGGAGAAGAAAAAAAUAAUGAAGAUGAAAACAAGUUGGAUUUAAUAGAAAAGGAGUUACAAAAUAUUCUUACUGAUGAUGAUACAUUGGUAAAAGGGAUAAAAAAAAUACUCAAAGAUGAUUAUCAACCAUCACCACAACAAGAAUAUGAUCCUCAUUUCACUGAUUAUGACCCAUCCGGACCUUAUGGAUAUAAAUCUCAAUAUGAACAACAAAAUAUAGAACCUGGUAAUACAGAAUCAUCUUUAUAUCAACAAAAUUUUUAUUCCGUGCCUUAUGUUUAUCCUGAUAUUACUUGUCCUCCAUUACCUAUACCUGUUAGUCAACUACUAAUACAAGACACUCCCUUAUCAGAACAACCGACUACUAAUAUAGCUUUUGAACCUCAUUUACCUUCUGUACCAGUAGAAAUAUUAGCCGAGCAACAGCCAAAUAUAGAACCCAACGAGCCUGAAGAAAGUAAAUUUAGUUCACCCGAUCUAAAGACCAGUAAAAUACCAGAAUCUGUUCCUUUAAAUCAAACUACCGCACUUAAACAGCCUGUAAAUACUGGAAAAGGUUCAUUGCCUAAACCUAGGCCUGGAUUAAUAUAUUUACCAAGGCCGGGACUAUUGCAAGCCCCUAACCCUGCUAUAAGAUUUCCAACUCCAAGUUUACCAAAUAUUCCUUCAAAGGAAAUGUAUAAACCAAAAGAACCACAGCCUCAACAAACUCAACCAAUAGGAUUACAUCUAACAGUUGAAGUGGAAUUUAACGUAACUCAAACCCAACCAGCAAAACCUACUGAAAUGGUUAAGGAAUUAGAGCCAGAACGUGUUACAGUAGAACUGGGAUCUGAUGAAGAAGAUCAAGAUGAUCAAGGUACUGGAGAUGGGGGGAAAGAUCAAAAAUCAGAUCAACCCAGUGACCAACCAAGUGGAUCAGGAGGAGCUGAGGGAGGUGAUGAAAAAAGUGUUUCUGAAGGGUUAGGAUAUAUGGGAUUAAAAUCAAUGAUUUUUUUUAAGAAAGAUGAAAAAGGAAUUGUAGUUGAGAUGAGUGGAUCAGAUUACAAAGUGUUAUGGAAUGAUAUGAGUAAAAUAAAGUUUAAAUUUUAUGAAAAUCUUGAAAUGAUAAUUUAUAAUGGAGAAGUUGUUUAUAACCAUCUUUAUUUCAGACAGUAUAUAAAAUUUUUAAUUUAUAAUAAAAAAAUUAAUGUUUUUACUGGAAACUGUGAAAAGGAGUUAAUCAUAUUAAGAAAAAUGGGUAGUGAAUGGGUACUAAAAACCCGUAAAGUUCCAGAUCAUGUAAAACUAUACAAACAAGAUUUGGGAGGAAAUGAUCAAUUACUAUCUGAAGAGGAUUAUAUUGUUGAACUUAGUGCGUUUGGAUCAGUGAAGUUUAUCAUUAUGGGUGAAAUAAAAUGUUAUAAAAUUACAGUUAAAGAUAUAGUAGUUUGGAAGAAAACAAGAAAGGAUAAAACUUAUCCAACAGUAUUUUGUAUUACAGACCGGUCAAAUAUUUUAGUUUACUUUGAAAAAUAUAUUCUAACGUUUGGAAAAAAGGGUGGAAAAUAUGUACUAAUUGGAUCUAGAAAAAAUGUAAAAGAUUAUUAAUAUUGUGAGUAUAUCAUA